CCCUCCCCCUUGGCGGGCGCUCUCAGGCCGCGCGGGCAGCGCGAGCCCGGGAGCCCCGGAGGCCUGUGCGCCCCAAGCCAGCAUGGACCCUGAGCGCUGCGCGCCUUUCGGUGUGGGGCCUGCACCCAGACCCUAUGCGGCCGCGGGGGACGAGCCUCCGGGCCCCCAGGGGACCCCAGCCACUGCCCCUCACCUGCACUCCGCGCCGCCCCGCGGGCCGCGGCUGACCCGCUUUCCGGCCUGCGGGCCCCUGGAGCCCUACCUCCCAGAGCCGGCCAAGCCUCCCGCCAAGUACCUGCAGGACCUCGGCCCCGGCCUGGCGCUCAACGGCGGCCACUUCUACGAGGGCCCCGCGGAAGCUGAGGAGAAGGCCUCCAAAACUGCCAGCUUCCCCCAGCUGCCCUUAGACUGCCAAGGGGGACCCAGAGACGGGCCCUCUAACUUGCAAGGCUCCCCAGGUCCCUGCCUGGCCAGCCUGCGUCUCCCUCUUUCCCCGGGACUCCCUGACUCCAUGGAGUUGGCCAAGAACAAGAGCAAGAAGCGCCGUAACCGCACAACCUUCAGCACGUUCCAGCUGGAGGAGCUGGAGAAGGUCUUCCAGAAAACCCACUACCCUGAUGUGUAUGCCCGGGAGCAGCUGGCUCUGCGCACGGACCUGACUGAGGCCCGGGUACAGGUCUGGUUCCAGAACCGCAGAGCCAAGUGGCGGAAGCGUGAGCGUUACGGGAAGAUCCAGGAGGGGCGGAACCCCUUCACAGCUGCCUAUGACAUCUCUGUGCUACCCCGCACUGACAGCCACCCCCAGCUGCAGAACUCCCUGUGGCCCAGUCCAGGGUCUGGGAGCCCUGGGGGCCCCUGCCUCGUGUCUCCAGAGGGCAUCCCCUCCCCAUGCAUGUCUCCAUAUUCCCACACGCAUGGGAGUGUGGCUGGCUUCAUGGGGAUGCCAGCCUCCCCUGCAGCCCACCCUGGCAUCUACUCCAUCCACAGCUUUACCCCCGCCCUGGGGGGCCACAGCUUUGAGACCUCCCCGGACGGUGACUAUAAGUCUCCAAGCCUUGUCUCACUCAGGGUGAAGCCCAAGGAGCCACCCAGCCUGCUGAACUGGACCACGUGACCGGUCACACGGACCCACACUGUGCUAUCCACCCCUUUUCUGUUCCCAGCUGCCCCCAGCCCAUCCCUGCCUGGAUGCUGGAGAGGACACACCUCUGCCUCCAAGCCCCAGAUAGUUCCAGAGGCCUGGGAGAGCAGCUGGGACCCUCAGCCCCCAGCAGGGAACAUGCUACAGGGUCUUUUCUCUUAGAAUAAGGUGGGGCUGCCUAAGAGAAAGGGCUUCAAAAGACUCUUCCUACCACAAACUGAGUUCCCUCGCCCCAACUCUGGGCUGGAGAGAGGGAGAUACUGCCCUGCAUCCUUGAGACUUCGUUCAGCUGUCAUCUCUCCAGCUUCAACAGCUUAAUUGGCUCCUCAUUUGGGGAACCCAGGAAAAUGGGAGGAGGAGGAUGCAGAAUGAACCAGGAUGAGUUCUGAGUGACCACCUAGAGUCGGCCUCACUUCCCCCUCCCCACCACCAGGGGGCCUGCAAGGCAAGGUCGGCAUAAAAGGUGCCCACUCCCCUGCUCCAGCCAUCCCUUACUCCUGCCCUGUGCCCUGUCUCCCGACAUGCUAUGCAGUCAUCUUCCCCUGCAAGCGGGCAGAAAUUCCACCAGAAACCACCAAAUAUUUGGAUUCUCUUUCAUAGGAUCAGCCCAGAGCUAUGCCAUGGAAACUGCAUUGGAUGUUGCUCAGAAAAAAACAGAUUUCCACAAACU